AUGGGAUCAGACACUAUUUUCAUCAAGGACCUCGAGGUCAGAAACAUUAUAGGUGUAGACUCGUGGGAACGCUCAAAGCGACAGCCACUAAGAAUAUCUAUCUCAAUCUACUCGGACGUAAAAGAUGCUGGAACUCACGACUCGCUUACUUCCUCAAUCAACUACGGAACUGUCACCAAAGUCGUCCAGGAAUUCUCAGAGAGAACGGAAUAUAGAAGUGUAGAAGCUCUAGCGGGUGGUAUCGCCAAAGUGGUCAUCGACAAGUGUGGUGCUGAACGUGUCAAAGUACGCGUCGAGAAACCAAGAGCACUGUUACAUGCUGCUUGUGCUGGUGUUGAAUUAGUCAGGAGUAAGAGUGAUAUUGAAGCUCUAGAUGCUGCUUCUAAAGGAACCACAAGUGAUGAUGGGAACAGUCAGCAGUUGGAUGUGACUGGUGAAGAUCUCAUCUUCGUGAAUGAUUUGACGGUAUCCACUAUAAUCGGAGUAAACGCUUGGGAACGAGAAGAAAAGCAACGUGUAGUCAUGACCCUUAUAGUCCAUCUCUCCUUCCAACCAUACAACAUCAUUGCAGACAAGGUACCCAAAAUUCACGAUUACAGGACACUCUCUCGUCUAGUCCUCAAACACGUCGAAGCCUCAAAAUACAAGACUGUCGAAGCUCUAGCUACCGCUGUGGCCCGUAUAGGUAUUGAGGAAUGCCAUGUACCCAAAAUCACUGUACGGGUAGAGAAACCAUCAGCUCUUGUAUUCGCAAGUGCUUCUGGAGUCGAGAUUACGAGAGAUCGAGGAGAUUUCGGUUUGAAUUCUGAUGGAACUAGACCUGGAACUCCUGGUGAAGAUGACGCCGAUGAACAGCCAACAAGUAAUUAUAUAGUGAGCAGUAGUAGUAGUCCAGCUGGUGCUGCGGGUGUUAUACAGCACGCAGGUAGUCUAUCGGCUGCAUCGUCACCGAGCUUACGUCGUGUGGAUUUGGUGCAUGAAGUGUAUAUAGCUCUAGGUACAAACCUUGGUGAACGAUUAAAUAACCUGAAUCACGCUUUAGAAGCUCUGAGUAAACAUUCAGAGAUACAGUUAGUCGAUACAUCCUUCUUGUAUGAAACAGAACCCAUGUAUGUUACGGAUCAGCCAAGGUUUCUGAAUAUGGCAUGCAAGGUCCGAACAAGUUUACAACCAAUACCACUACUGGAUGUUUUGAAAACAAUCGAGGAUCAAUUAGGAAGGCUGCCUACUAUACGAAAUGGUCCAAGAUUGAUUGAUCUCGAUAUCAUUUAUUACGACUCGAUAGAAUUGAAGAGUGAACGACUCGUCAUUCCACAUCCCAGGAUUCAGGAACGAGGAUUCGUCUUGAAACCUUUGUGCGAUAUCGCUGCAGAGAUGGAACAUCCAAUACUAUAUCGCAGCAACAAACAGAUGCUAGCCUUACUAUCUCAUGCAGAAAUACCUCAAGAUCCCAUCAAACGAAUCCUUCCCAUACCAUCUUCGCCGUCAUCGCCAUCAUCACCCGAAUUAAUAUGGUAUUGGAAAUCAAAAACCUUCAUAAUGGGUAUCUUGAACGUAACUCCAGAUUCGUUUAGUGAUGGAGGCAUUGACAGCAACAUUAGUAACACUUCGUCACUGGAAUCAACACUCGAGCGAGCAGCCUCCAUGAUAACACAGGGAGUUGACAUAAUAGAUAUCGGAGGAAUGUCAACACGACCAGGCUCGGAUCCAAUAUCCCUCGAAGAAGAAUUAGCUCGAACGAUACCUGUGAUUAAAGCUAUUCGAGCACGUCAUCCUACUACACCAAUAUCGAUAGACACGUAUAGGAGUCAAGUUGCUCUAGCAGCUAUAGAAGCAGGUGCAAAUAUGGUUAAUGAUGUGUCUGGUGGCACUCUAGAUUCCGAAAUGUUGCAUGUCGUUGCAACACUCAAUGUGCCAUACAUUCUCAUGCAUAUGAGAGGUACACCCAAAACCAUGAGCAGCAUGACGAAAUACGACAAUAACGAUGUUGUCGCAGCAGUACGUACCGACAUAUCAUCCAAAGUAACCAGAGCAAUCAAAUACGGGAUUUAUAGAUGGAACAUUAUAGUUGAUCCUGGUAUUGGGUUUGCCAAAGACAGUGCUGGAAACUUUGAUUUGAUUAGAAGGUUGCCUGAAUUCUCGACUGGGGUGUUGGUUAAUUUCCCUGUGCUUGUUGGACCAAGUCGGAAGGGGUUUAUUGGGGUGGCUACUGGAGUUACUGACCCAAAGUUGAGAGGGUUUGGGACUGCUGCCGCUUGUACAGCUGCUAUUGCGGGUGGAUGUGAUUUGUUGAGGGUGCAUGAUGUUAAGGAGAUGAAGGAUGCUGCUCAAGUGUCGGAUAGGAUAUGGAGAAGCUCAUAA